AAAUAUUGUUCUAAUGAGUACCCAAAUUGGUCUAUAAAAUUGUAUAAAAGGCUUCCAAACAAAUUGAAAUUAUUCAUUUUUUUUUCUCUAAUGCUUUUAAAAAUUUUGUUUUGUGCCGUUUCACUGGUGGCUGCAAUUGAGGCCACAAAAUGUUACUUUUGCAACGACAGUAGUAAAUAUGGCAACUGCGACGGACAAAAUUGGCCAGUUUAUGAUUGCCCUCGGGGCUGUGUCUCGUAUGAGGCUAAAAUUGGAGAAAAACCAAAAAGCGUGCCCCAAAUUUAUUCUGCAAGAUACAGAAGAGGUUGCCUUGGUAUAGGAGGUAUAGGAGAAACAUGUCAGAACAUCAAAGAAGAGUUGGCUGAUAGGUGGUGGGAGCUUCCAGAAUUUCAUUGUGAGGAAUGUAAUGAGGACUAUUGCAAUAAUAGAGCUAAUCAUCCAGGAACUAAGCUCACCUUUUAAACGGGGGUUUGGAUAAGCAGGGAAAAUAAUACUUAUUAUUCAUUCAAAUAUAA